AGAGAGAGAGAGAGAGAGAGAGAGAAAAUUUUAGGCAAGCGUCGUUUAUACCAGUUUUUACUCCAAUUUGUGUAUUUUUAUUAGGUUAUGUGUGGUGAAUGACAUUUUAUUUUUAUUUAUAUUUAAAAAUUAAAACAAAUUGAUAAAUAAAUAACUUUUAAUUUUGAUUACAACUUGAUUUCUGAGUACAACUUGACAAAAUAAUAAUUAUGUCUGGAGGAAUGUUGUAUGGUGGUGAUGAGAUUGGAGCAUUAGUAUUUGAUCUUGGUCAUCAUUCAUUAAGAGUUGGAUAUGCUCAAGAAGAUACACCGAAAGCUGAAAUACCAGCAGUUGUUGGUAUUGGUGAAGAUUCAAAUGGUACAGCAACAAAGCAUGAACCAAUGGAUAUUGAUGAUAAAAAACAAGAUAACAAUAUAACACAAUCAAAAUCAAAAUAUUAUAUUGACACAACAAUACUUCAUGUACCUCGUCCUGGUAUGGAAGUACAAAGUUAUAUGAAAGAUGGAAUGAUUGAAGAUUGGGAUCAUUUUGAAAAAGUAUUGGAUUAUACAUACUCAAAAGUCAUACAAUCAGAUGCUGAUUAUCAUCCAGUAUUAUUUUCUGAAUCACCAUGGAAUAUACGUAGUAAAAGAGAAAAAUUAACUGAAAUAAUGUUUGAAAAAUAUAAUGUACCAGCAUAUUUUUUAGUUAAAAAUGCUGUACUUGCUGCAUUUGCAAAUGGACGUUCAACUGGUAUUGUUGUUGAUAGUGGUGCAACACAUACAUCAGCAAUACCAGUACAAGAUGGUUUUGUACUUUCUCAAGCAAUUGUUAAAUCACCACUUGGUGGUGAUUAUAUAAGUAUGCAAUCACGUCAAUAUCUUCAAGAUAAUGAUAUUGAUUUAUCACCAGCUUAUAUGAUUGGUAGUAAAGAAAUUGUUAAAGAACAUGAAAAACCAAGAUGGGUACCAAAAAAAAAUAUUCCAGAAGUUACAAAAUCAUGGCAUAAUUAUAUGGUUAAAAAACUUGUACAAGAUUUUCAAGCUAGUGUUUUACAAGUAUCAGAAACACCAUAUGAUGAAAAAGUUGUUGGAGCAAUACCAGCUGUUCAGUAUGAAUUUCCAACUGGAUAUCACCAGGAAUUUUCAACUGAAAGAUUUAAAAUACCUGAAGCACUAUUUGAUCCAAGUAUGGUUCAAGUUCGUCCAGGAAUGGUUGGUAAUACAAUGCUUGGUGUUGGACACAUUGUACAAACAAGUGUUGGUAUGUGUGAUGUUGAUGUUAGACCUGCACUUUAUGGAAGCGUUGUUGUAACUGGUGGAAAUUCAUUUAUCCAGGGCUUUCCAGAACGUCUUAAUAGAGAUUUAUCAAUGAGAAUUCCUUCAAGUAUGAGAUUAAAAUUAAUAAGUGCCAAUGGUUGUGCUGAACGAAGAUUUGGUGCUUGGAUUGGUGGAUCAAUACUGGCUUCAAUUGGCACAUUUCAACAAAUGUGGAUAUCAAGUCAAGAAUAUGACGAAAGUGGAAAAAGCCAGGUGGAAAGAAAAUGCCCGUGAAUUAAUAAGUAUAUAAUUUUUAUUUGUACGUAUAAAAAAAAAAAAAUAUAUAUAUAAUCACAAAAAAAUAAAUUCAUUUUUUUUUUUUUUCAAUAUGUAAAAUUUUAAGCUAAUAAUAUCAACUUAAUAAUAAAAAAAAAUUUGUAUUUCUAUUUAUUGUAAAAUUGUGUGAAUUUACAGAUUGUAUCGACUUGCUGUUAUUUCACACAAUUAUAAUAAAUCAUAUUUCCACCCUCAAUAGACGUGAUUGUAUAAAUAAUUCAUCAAAACAAUUAUCCAAACAAUGAAACAUUUUAACUGCACUAUUUUAUAUUCGUUCAAUAAAUAGUCUAUUAUUUUUAUAACAACUGUAAGAAACAUAAAA